AUGGUCAAUCCCACGCGCCAUGAUCUGCACCCGGAUACCAAGGCGCUAGGUAUGGUUCACCGUAAGCCAAAAGGAGUGCCAAGGUCAGCAAUUGAGAUGCACUCCAAGGAGUGCCAGGACCUUGGCAAAUGCAAGUAUUCCGGGCUUGCGGAUGUUUUUGUCGUUAUCUUCCGUAAAACCGAGGAGAAGUCGUCUCAGUGUUCAUUCACAGUGAAGGACCUACACGUUCCUCAAUAUAUGGAGACAAUUUUUCAUUUUGUCUUGUAA